GGGCCCUCAAGAUGGCGGCGGGCGCCCCGAGCGGCUCGGCCCGGCAGUAGUGGCGGGACGGAACUCGCCGCUGGGGCCGGCCGCCCCGGGUGUGGCUGCAGCAGCGCCAGGAACUGAGGAUGGUAAAAUGACCCAGGGGAAGAAGAAAAAACGGGCCGCGAACCGCAGUAUCAUGCUGGCCAAGAAGAUCAUCAUUAAGGACGGAGGCACGCCUCAAGGAAUCGGUUCUCCCAGUGUUUAUCAUGCGGUUAUUGUCAUCUUUUUGGAGUUUUUUGCUUGGGGAUUAUUGACGGCACCCACGUUGGUGGUAUUACAUGAAACCUUCCCUAAACAUACAUUUCUGAUGAAUGGCCUAAUUCAAGGAGUAAAGGGUUUGUUGUCAUUCCUCAGUGCCCCGCUUAUUGGUGCUCUCUCUGAUGUUUGGGGCCGAAAAUCUUUCUUGCUGCUAACAGUAUUUUUCACAUGUGCCCCAAUUCCACUAAUGAAGAUCAGCCCAUGGUGGUACUUUGCCGUUAUCUCUGUUUCUGGGGUUUUUGCAGUGACUUUCUCCGUGGUAUUUGCAUAUGUAGCAGAUAUAACCCAAGAACAUGAAAGAAGUAUGGCUUAUGGACUGGUUUCGGCAACAUUUGCUGCCAGUUUAGUAACGAGCCCUGCCAUUGGCGCUUACCUUGGACGGGUAUACGGGGACAGCUUAGUGGUGGUCCUGGCCACAGCAAUAGCUUUGCUGGACAUUUGUUUCAUCCUCGUUGCUGUGCCAGAGUCGUUGCCUGAGAAGAUGCGACCAGCAUCAUGGGGAGCUCCCAUUUCCUGGGAACAGGCUGACCCCUUUGCAUCUUUAAAAAAAGUGGGCCAAGAUUCCAUAGUGCUGCUAAUCUGCAUCACGGUGUUUCUCUCCUACCUACCGGAAGCAGGCCAAUAUUCCAGCUUUUUUUUAUACCUCAGACAGAUAAUGAAAUUUUCACCAGAAAGUGUUGCAGCGUUUAUAGCAGUCCUUGGCAUUCUUUCCAUUAUUGCACAGACUAUAGUCUUGAGUUUGCUUAUGAGGUCGAUUGGAAAUAAGAACACCAUUUUAUUGGGUCUAGGAUUUCAAAUAUUACAGCUGGCAUGGUAUGGCUUUGGUUCAGAACCUUGGAUGAUGUGGGCUGCUGGGGCAGUAGCAGCCAUGUCCAGCAUUACCUUUCCAGCUGUCAGUGCACUUGUUUCACGAACUGCUGAUGCUGACCAACAAGGUGUCGUUCAAGGAAUGAUAACAGGAAUUCGAGGACUGUGCAAUGGUCUGGGACCAGCCCUUUAUGGAUUCAUAUUCUACAUAUUCCAUGUGGAACUCAAGGAACUGCCAAUGACAGGAACCGACAUAGGAACAAACACAAGCCCUCAGCACCACUUUGAACAGAAUUCCAUCAUCCCAGGGCCCCCCUUCCUCUUUGGAGCCUGUUCAGUACUGCUGGCUCUGCUGGUUGCCUUGUUUAUUCCGGAACAUACCAACUUAAGCUUAAGAUCCAGCAGUUGGAAAAAGCACUGUGGUGGUCACAGUCAUCCUCAUAGUACACAAGCCCCAGGAGAGGCCAAAGAACCUUUACUCCAGGACACAAAUGUGUGAUGACAGAAAUCAGGGGGAUUUUUCUAUCAGCGCCCAGGUCUUAGUUUCCACCUGUAGCUCUGGAUGUACACACCAUUCCAUCCACAGUGUACUUUAAGAUUGUCUUCAGAGAUGUAUCUGCAUGAACUUCGUGGGAACUAAAGAAAGAACAGGACAGUUUUCCAAAGAUGUUACAAUUUCUUUUAAAAAGAAACUUUUUGUUUUGUUUAUUAGCACCAAUUUCUUGCCACUAAGUUGUUUUAUUAUACAUCUUUUAAUUAAAAAACCAUAUAUGUAACUCCUUAGCUAUUAGCACAUGUCUCUGCUUCCAUGUCCUUAAGGUGUUGAGCUUUAACUCUCUGCUGAGUCUCAAUGAGACAGAGUAGGUAGUAUCGAUGUGGACCUAUUUGUUUUAACAUUGUAAAAUCUUGAGUCAGAUUUUAAUAUUGUAAAAUCUUGGGUCAAAUAAUUCAAAGCCUUAAUGCAGAUGCACUAAAGAAAUGGUAAGGAAUUGUCUGCAUUUAAAAAGAAAAAAACUUAAAAUUGUACUAAAUCUGAAUCAUGUUUCCUGCUUGUUUGCAGUAAUUUUAUUUUAAACAUUCACUACUGUUUUUGAAGUUAGAAAAAAAUAUCAGACAUUUAGAAUUUAAAUUGGGAUGUUUAGAGCCUGUAAAUCUAACUGCUGGCUCAAAUUUGUUCCCCAGCUACUUCUUAUACCACUAUUCUUUUAAUGUUUGCAUAAUCAUAAGAACCUCAACACUUGAAUACAUAAUCUAAAAAUUAUAUAGUAAAGCUGGUAGCCUUGAAAAUGUCAAUGUGAUAUCUAUAUGUAGAUAAAUAUAUAUAGUGGCCUUUCAGGACUGUCACAGUAACACUUUAUUUACAGAGCUAAUGUUUGUCCUAAAUUUUCAGGACCCUAGAAGAGAGCUUUAUACAAUUACUGAUGUGAAUUUCUCUAAAAGUGUAUAUUUUUGUGUCCAGUUAUAUUAUUUAAAGAAGUGUUACUUUGUAAAAAUUGUACAUAAAGUAUUGUAUAGUUUACAAUGUUUUCAUCUUAUGUGUGGUUAUUGCUUAAUGCUUUUUAAACCUGGAACAUUCACAGCGGUUAAAUCAGGUCUUAAAAGAAUGUAAAUAUCCUCUUAAUAAAAAGUAAGAAAAAUUUUUUUUUUUUUUAAGUCUUGAUCAAUGAUUCCCUACAAGGCCGGUUUUGGCUUUAUUUGUUAACCCAUUUUACAGUAACAAAACUUUACGCCUUGUCCCUUUGAAUCCAUUUUCUUUUCCCUCACUAUAUUCUUAUAGGAAGACAAGAGGAAAUGAAAACUUUGUACUUAACUCGAAGAACUUAAUUUUCUAAGCAUAGAUGUUGUAGAUCAAUUCUAUUUGUUUUUAUAUACUUUUUACAUGUCAUACUCCCAAAAUAAUUUUAAUACUUUAUUAACAAAGUUCACACAGUUUUCAGAAAUACACUAAAUGCAACAUUUUGAUUAUUAACACCUGUACAAUUUUACACUGCAAAACAGUUUCAACUUAAAAGUUUUUAAGAGGUAGAGCAAAGAAAUUAGCACACAGAAGUCUGUAUAUAUACAUUCAAUACAAAAAAUCUUUAGCUAGUCAAUACCGAAAUGAUCUUCUAUUCUACCUUGGAAAUUUUUCUGAUUUUUCACAUGUGAAUACAGAAAAUGAUACUUAAAGAAGAAAGAAGAGCUACCUGUAUGUCCUAUUUCCCAUCCAAACCCUGUCACAAUGUUUAUGUAUAGUAUAGUAUUUACAACAAAACAGAGUAGUAUUACCAAGAGGCUUCUUUCUAGAUUAUCAGUCAGUGUUUUCAAGUUACUAUAACCCAGUAUUCUUACUAAUAUAGUAUAUCUAAACAAGGAAAAAACGGUAUAUAAAAAGUCACUGCCUGUAAUUACUGAUUUUUUUUUUUAGAUUUGUUUAAGGCUGCCUGAAAUUGCCAGCUGUGUUCCAAAGUUUCAGAAGACUCAAAAUAACAGCUUUGUAAAAAAAAUUUAGCAAAAAUUCCUUGUCUUACUAUGGAGCCCUAUAAUGUUGGCAUGUCAUUUAUAUUUUAAAAUGCCUCUUCUCAUCUAUGUAAUAAAGUACCUGAAAAUAAUUCUUAAAAUAUCAUAAGUAUUAGAAACUCUUUGCAAACAAAAAUUCAUUUUGAAGAUUCUUAAGAGAAUGUUAUUCUGUACUGGGGGGUUGUCACCACAAAAACCAAAGUGGGUCCCUAUGAUUGGGGGUAAAUUUUUUUCUAAUUACCUAAGGAACAAUUUUUAAAAAUUACUUCAGAUAAAGGGAAGAAAGCUGCAACUUCUAACAGGUACUCAUUUGCCUACUUUAUUCAGCAAACAUUAAAAUGAAUCUUAAGUUCUAAUGUUACAAAAAAAUAUUCAUGAUACUCUGGAAAAGACUUUAGUACCAAUUUUAAAACAAAAUUCCACUGGUAUUUAACUGCAUGGGAAACUAAUAAAACUCCAAAGUAAAGAGAAAAAUUGGUUAAGCAUAGACUUUGAAGAAGUAUUAAAAUCUUACAAACUUUUCAGCUCAAAUGACUAAAGCACUUUACAUCAAAUCUGGUCAUGUCAAUACACUGUUGUCCAGUUAUUUUUAUAAUAAGUAUCUAAAAUUAUUUAAUAGACUCAAUACCAAAUUUACUGGUUUUAAGGAGAGCAUUUCCUCACUAUGAGGUUUGAUUCAUUUCAUUCAUUGAAGGUACUUUGAGGACUUUUCCCUUUAAUGUCAAUGCCAUCAAUAAUAUAGAUCUCUUAGAAGAUAAUCAUUUUCCCUCAUAAUUCUCAGGUAGCAAAAAUUUUAUUUUACCAAUGAAAAUAAAAUGAUAAAAUAGCAUUCUUUGGUUUCAUACUAUUACAUUCUGAGCAGUUUUCAGUUUACCCAGAUAUCCAAUAUGAUUAGAAUGUCCCUUAUAAAGAUCAACUCUUUCCUUAGAAUUGAAGUUCCAAGGAUUAAUAAAAUUCAUUUAACCACUAUUCUAUAAAAUAGCACCAUGUUCACAAACUAAAAAGUGUCCUUUGCUCAGAAUCUCACCAGUCCUCAAGUACAAACUUGUUCCUCUAAAAUGUCUUAACAUAAAGGACAGCAACACUUAAUAAGGGACCAGAACUUUGAUACUUAGUAGCACAAGUACAACUGGAAACUCGCUUGUUUGAUAAGGAUUUGAUUUAUGCUGUUAACAUACUUUUAAACCACCUGAGUUUCUAACACUUUGAUAAAAAGUAAAAGACGACACUAGAAUUAACUGUUUGGUAACUGUCCAGGGAAAUACGCUGAAGACGCAGGAGGGAGCACUGCAGGUUUUGAAGACGUCUGUAACGUGCCUAAAGCGCCAUCUUUCUGAUGGUCUGUAAGUGAUAAAAAGAAAAGAUGUAUUCACUUACAUCUUUAUAUACAUUUUCAAUAAAACCAAAGUGUAGAAAAUCCAUUUCAGAAACACCUCACCUGGAUUAUUAAACAGAUUCUGGCUGAGCCCACGUAAAGGAAUGCUAUCUUCCCUUUUCUUCAGAUAUUUGGAUUCCAGCCCCAAGUUUUCACCACUUAAAAAGAAAACAGUAAGUAUUUACAUGUUUUAACAAAUAUUAUUUUCUCUCUAAUAGUUAAUCUUGAAGGUUUAUUUAGUAUAGAAGAUAAAACUAAGGUAUACUUAAUAGUGUAACUUCUCAAUAAAUCACAUUCUUCAUGGUUUCUUCUGCAAAUAAUUUAUCCAUAAACGAAGUACUCUUUUUUCCAGUAAAGGGUAAAUUAUUAUAAAUCAAACUAAAAAUUCUAAGAGCUGGGAUAAGAACUGGUGGGGGAAAAGAAAAUUCUACAGCUGUAAAAUCUGAAACAGCCUAAGUGAUACCUGAUAGAAGAAAAAUACAAAUGUACAUGCCUUAAAAAUCAUUUAAUCAUUUGGUAAUUUCUAUCUCAUCCUGUAUUUAAAAUAAUUAAGAUUUCUUUUUUUAUUGACCAAAUGUUCUCAAAACUUUAUAGUGCUUCAAAGGUGUCAAAAAAUACUAAUAUAUAUUAUGUAAUAAUGAGUUCUGGUCAGAUGAACACAACUGUUUGGAUUUUAGAAAAAUAAUGGUCAUUUGUUUUUAUAGUUUGUAUUUUUCCCCCUUUCUACUACUUCCUUCUCUCUAAAUCUGACAGUAUCCUUAUAAUAAGUGAAAGGCUCUUGCAAAAUAACAUUACACCAUUCAAACUCAAUGGCCUUUUCACAAUUUUCAGAAAAAAUUUAAGUUGGUGAGUAGGGGUCUUUUUCAAUUUUAACUUUAUUUUUCUCUUUAACCUCUGAUAUCUAUUGCCACUUUUUGCUAGUUACUAGUCCUAAACAGAAAAAAAAUACAUAAAUAAAAAAUAGCUGAACCAUCAAAGUUUUAUGGACAUAUGUUUGAUUUUUAUAUUGCAAAUAUGAUCAUUGUAUCUUCUAGUAAAAUUGCUUUUGAUUUGUAUGAUGGAAUUGAAUAUGUAAACGUUUCACAGUUUUCUACCACUAAUGAAUUCCAGGUCUUCUGCCUCUUCAGUAAGUGUGCGAUUAAAGAUAAAUACAUACAUUUCAGGACUCUGAAGAAUUCCGACAGUUUACAAAACGGAGGCUCACAAAUACUAUUUAACACUUGUCUUGGAACCAAUGUCAGAAGAUCCAAUGACUGAAGGUCAAAGAGCUAGCCUAAUGAUUCUCUUUGAGCUAUGUUAUUAGUUUGCAAUGUACUGGGAUGCUAAUAGGGCAUGCUAAUGAGCGCCAGCAGACAGGCCUUAAAGCCAAAGCUGUUGAAUUUAAGUAAGAAAGCAUAAGAAAACAAUAUUAAAAGCAUGAAGAUGACUGACUACUCAGACAAGUUUACAUGUAUGACAUGUUUGACUUGGCCACGAACUUCACUAUGCAAAACCUGCUUAAGACCUAAAAAAUACGCAAGUCACUAGCAGGCAUUACAGCUUAUUUAUCCUACACACAAGACAUAAGCUCUUGCUCAUAAUUACCAUAUAAUUCCAACUGGUUUAACUAGUUAUUUUUCAUAGAUUACUUAACAUUGGAAGCAAUAAAACAGAAAAAUGGAGAGUUCCCAGAGCAAACAUAUUCAUACAAUGUAACAACAACCAGAAAAGCAGCUGACUACAAAGAAUUUAAAAUAUUUCUAUCUACAUGCCUCAAAAUAUUUAAAAGGACAAUCUUCAGGAAGUACUUACUUUUCCUUAUCAGAUGAGCUAGGCAUAUUCAUAGCUCCUCCAGACUGAACAUCGCCCACAGAUGUAUUUGGCUUUGUAAAUUGUAAGUUAAAGUGGACCUGUGUAGAGAGAAAGCACGUAACUGAAUCACUGAGAACUCAUACAGGUCUAUACUAAGAUGUCAUUAGCUGCCAUCAAGUUGGCCCCUGACUCACAGUGGCCCUACGUGGAACAGGCUGUUGUGAUCCAUAGAGUUUUCACUGGCUGAUUUUUCAAAAGUAGAAUGCCAAGUCUUUCUUCCUAGUCUUUGCCUGGAAGCUCUGCUGAAAUCUGUUCAGCAUCAUAACAACAUGCAAGCCUCCACUCACAGAUGGGUGGUGGCUGCACUUGAAGUACACUGGCUGGGAAUCAAACCCAGGACACUUGCAUGAAAGGCGAGAAUUCUACCACUGAACUAUCACUGCCCCCAUACUGACAUAAAACCAAAAACCCAAACCCAUUGCCAUCAAGUCAAUUCCAACUCAUAGCGACCCUAUGAGACAGAGUAGGACUGCCCCGCAGGGCUUCCCUGGCUGUGUAUCUUUAUGGAAGCAGACUGCCACGUCUUUCUCCUGCAGAGUGGCUGGGGGUUCAAACUGCUGACUUUUAGUUAGCAGCCAGGCUCUUAACCACCGAGCCACCAGGGCUCCAACAUAUUGAUAAGAAGUGGUUCAACCUAUAUUUUCUAACACUUAAGUACACUUUAUUAAGGAGACAUACUUUUAAAAAGCCCUAUUUCUCCUUGCCAUACAAGCAAGUUCCUUGGUUACAAGCAAGUUCCUUGGUUACAAGCAAGAUGAUUCAUACAAAAUGAUUCUCUUAUUUGGAAACAAAAAUACAAAUGUUAAGACAUUUAAAUAAGUGUUAUAUUGUUAAAAGUAACGAAGUACAACAAUGAUGCAUUCAUUUACCUCAUGUACUCUGAGAAUUCUUCCUUUUUCAACAACUUUCAAAGCCUAUAUUAUAUUUAAGGAUCCCAAAUGAGGGCUAGGAAUCUGAAUUUUGGAACAGUCAAAAGUGAUAAAAAAAAAAAAAAUCCAAAACUCUAAACUGAAAUAUCAGCAUAUAAAAUCUAGUA